GGCAAAGAAUGCUAAAUAAAGCUUUUGAACUGGGAAGAAAACAUUGCAUAACAAUAUGGAACGGUAAAUAGUACGUUACUUUCAGAUGUUGAUCGUGUUCUUUUCAUUAGUGAACACAUUUUUGAACUUAUAAAAUGCAUUCGUCAUGAAAAAAUAACUUUCCAUACUCUGAUGAAUAGGCUUCUCUCCGUUUUUUUUCGAUGUAAAUUUUUCACUGGGUAUGCUUUAGGUAAGAGUCCUCUCUUCACUCACCUAAAUCCUUCGUAGAAAGAUACUUUAUCAACUUGAAGCCUGGUAGAAAUCUGAAAGAUGAUGAAGUCUGUCAGAUUGUUAUUUAUGUAGGAUAUGUGAAAAAACCCUCAUUAAAUAAAUGUAAGAAAAGAUGCAAAGUAUGAUAUAUAAAACAGCAUACAGAAGAUUAUCAUAAAAUACGAUUUCAGGAUAAUGUCUCAAUUUGACACUUGAAGUAUAUGUUUAUUAUUCAAUAAUGCUUGUACUCAUUAACUCCAUCAAUACGUACAGAUUCGUUGAUAUCUCAAACCUGCUCUUUGACAUUUCUUGCAGUUUGUUGAAUCAAUACGUUGAUUCCCUAAGCACAAGUAUUUCACUGUCAUAUUCUUGCUUCACGAUUCACAAAAUGCAAAACACCAUUAUGCUCGAUUUUUAGGGAUCGAAAAUUUUUGUUCACUUAUAGUGCACCUGUUAUGGCUACUUUAUCUGUUAGGUUAUUACUCGAAUAGAUUAGUGUCUUUAGAAAAGUAUUCAAUUCCAACAUUUCAGGCAGUUCGCUAAUAAAUUAAUCACUAAUAAUUUCUACUAUCUUGCAUAGACGAAGUCUUUCCAACGUUUUACUAUACUUGUGAUCUCGAAUUAGAGCACCUUGAUUAGAAUCAAUGGUUUGAAAAUUCCCUAACUGGAGACUUUCAAGAGUUUGACGAUUUUCAAUUGAACAACAACACCAAUUAGAACAUAUUUUUCUCGAAUCAUGUAAUGAUAAUGAAAAUCAAUUAUCAAUAAAAUCAUGCGGUCCAAAUCCUGAUGAAGGUUUUUCAGAAUGUGAAACUCAAGAUGAAAUAAAAGUUUCAUUUAUUAAAAAUGAUCUUAAACUUGCUCGAAGCAUAGCAGAUAGUACAAAACAAUCUUUUUGUCCUGAUACUCGUGUAGCUUUUCAUGGGGAAUUCGCUAGACGUAUUUCAAUUCCAUUAUCAUUAUGUCACAGAGUUCGUUAUUUUCUUUUUGCUCAAGAAGAACUUGUUAAUAGUUCUUAUAUAAAUUUAAUAUUUGACUGUGUCAAACUUGACAAUGCUAAAGCACAAUUUCAAUGUCCAAAUAUUCGUUGCAGACAUGCAUGGACAUCAAUGCGAAGUCGAAUUUCAUUUUCAGUUAGUUCACCGAAAAUUGGUUUUAUUGCACUUGAAAUUUUUGGUCAAAAUUGUCAACAUUGUAAUGCACAUACUCAAGCUCUUUGGUAUAUUGAUGAAGUUUGUCGGGUUAUGAAAAAUUUAGCUUUAUUUAUUUUUGAACGAUAUUUUCCAGAUAUGGUUAAUACUAUCGAAUUAGAAAAUAAUAUUACACCAUCUCGUGCAUCGCGUCAUGAUCCGACUCAAAGAAAAGGAAGAAUGUUGGCACCACAUAUUAAAAAACACUGUGAAGCAUGUCGACGUGGUUUAUGCUUCGUUUAA